AUGGCACUGUACGGUGCCCCCGUGUUCGCCGACGCUCUCGCGUCUCGCGACAACAAGGCCCUCCUGCGGAGACCCCAGAGGGCCAUAGCGGUGAGAGCGAUACGGGGAUACCGUACGGUGUCGUGGACGGCGGCCACGCUUCUCGCGGGCGAUCCGCCCUGGGAACUCCAGGCGGAGAUGCUCGCGAGAGUGUACGCGGCAAAGUCGAGCCUCAGAGCUGGAGAAGGGCAGGUCCGUAGUACGGACCGAGCGAUGGACAUCAGGGCUCAAGCUCAGAGGGCCCUGAUGAUCAAGUGGGAGGAGAGCCUGGGGUCUCCGGCGGCGGGCACGGUGACGGUGGACGCGAUACGUCCACAUUUAAGUCGCUGGGUCCAAAGGCGGCACGGGGUGCUGACCUUCCGCCUGACGCAGGUGCUUACCGGGCAUGGUUGCUUUGGUAAGUACCUGCACCAGAUCGCGAGGAGGGAAGCCACCCCUGCCUGUCACGAGUGUGGUGCUCCGAUUGACACGGCGCGCCACACGCUAGAAGAGUGCACCGCCUGGGAUCCUCAGCGGAGGGCCCUCGUGGCGGUCAUCGGCGGAGACCUCGCGCUGUCGAGCGUGGUCCGCUCCAUGCUCGGCAGCGCGAGGUCCUGGUCGGCCGUGGCCUCCUUCUGCGAAGAAGAGGGUACCUGCGCCUCCGGCAAAGGAGAAUCCCUCCGUGCAUCUUCGGAUGCACGCUGCCCGUUCGAUUCUGGGGAGGGCACCCUUUGUUACUGUGAUUCGCCCCAUAUGGGCGUUGACGUUGUGCCCGGGAAGGGCGGUGCGACCUCUGCAAGAAAUACGGACUCCGAUAACAGCCUUCGGAGUGGCGGCUCAAACGAGCCGUCACUCUCGAGGACUGGUCUCCCCUCGCGAGAUCGCAAGGGGAGAUUCCUCUCACGCCAAAAAGGCCCUUCUAAGGGCCAGGACAAAGGUGGAAACCGUUUUGCGGUUCUGGCUGCGGACGACAAAACGGACACCGAUACAGACAUGGUUUCGGGAUCCCCUGACAGGCAUAUUGCCUUGACGGGACGGCGGAAGCGACCCUCAUCCUCGACCUUCGCGUCUGGGCGUGACGGUUCGGACACGGAGGCCGAGGGCGCGGGCCUCGCUAAAAUUAACACGGCGAGAAGGGGAAAGGCGAGAGGAACCACGGCGGGUCCUUCCCGCGAAAAGUUCCUCAAGCCAGCACCUGUCCGGCCGGAACCCGUAAACAUACUCAUCGACAACGAGUCCGACGUCGGCUCGUCGAUCGUAGACGACGUUGUUGCGCUCAACGCGCAGGAACUCAGGGCGCGCGCGGGCGAGGGACUCGCCGUAAUACUAGAGGUUGCCCGGAAAUCCGGGAACCUCAAAGGCGAGUUCGUCGCAAAGCUGAAGAGGUCCGCGACGGACCUGAGCGAGGUGGUCGACGCCUUUGCCUCUAGGACCGAGGCCGAUGAAGUGAGGCGGCUCCGAGCGGAGAACCGCCGCUUCAGGAUCGAAAUAGAGGCAAUGAAAACGGAGCUGAAGGCGAUGCGGCGCGGCUUCGCCGAGGCGAAGACGGAAGCGGCCGCUAACGCCGCCGCCGCCGCCGCCGCCGCUGCCAACGCCUCAGUCGCCGGUCCACCUGCGACACUUCCGGUGGCGGCCAUGCUAGAGGAGUUCAAGCACUCCUUGACCUGCUCGCUGGGCGAUAUGAUGAACGUCCGGCUGGCGCAGAUCGAGGAGAGGCUGCCGCCGGCUCCGUCGGUCCGCCCCCAACUGGGAGCUGGUGGACCUCGACGCCCUGAGACGGCGGCCACUACGUCGGCGGCCCCCUCCACGGUUGCCCGGGAGGAAACCUGGGCAACAGUGGUUAAAAGAGGGAAGGGCAAGAGGAAGGGGAAAGGGAAGUCCUCCGCCCCUCCAUCUACACCUGCAGUCGAAGGCCGGACUGCCGCCCCUGCGGUGAAGCCGACUGGCAAGCCAGCCGCGGCGUCGUCCGCGCGACCGGCCGCCAAGCCGACCGCCAAGCCGACCAAGCAGCCCGGAAGGCCGGCAACAAAGGCGACGGUUAAGGCCAAAUUCAAGGCCCCGAAGACUGCGGCAGUCGUCGUCCAGCUGCAGCCGGCGGCUGUAGAGAAGGGUCAAACUUACGACUCCAUCUUCCGGUCGGCUGAAGACACCGUGAAAUUGGAGGAACUGGGGAUCGAGCGCAUCCUCUUCCGUCAUACGGCGACGGGAGCGAGGAUGCUCGAGAUCCCCGGUUCCGACAAAGAGGAGAAGGCCGACCGGCUCGCCAGCCGGCUCAGGGAGGCCCUCUCGGACGUGGCCACUGUCGUCAGGCCCGUUAAGACCGCGCAGGUGCGCAUCUCGGGCCUGGAUGACACGGCCACUCCCGAGAGGGUGGCGGCGGCGGUCGCGAAGGCGACAUCGUCCGACGUCGGCACGGUGAGGGUCGGGGCGAUCCGCUCCGGCUUCGGCGGCAUGGGCUCCACCGUCGUAACCUGCCCCGUCUCGGUUGCGAAAGCGCUGACCGAGGGGGGCAGGCUACUGAUCGGCUGGAGCUCGGUGCGAGUGUCGGCCCUGGAGGCGCUCCCCAUGCGCUGCUUUAAGUGCAUGGGGUUGGGCCACACGCGCCCGAAGUGUCCGGCGUCUGUCGACAGGGGCGACCUCUGCUUUAAAUGCGGGAACGCGGGGCACAAGGUCGCCUCCUGCCCGGAGAAGACACCGCGCUGCGUGGUGUGCGCCGAGGGAGGUAAACCCUCGGGGCACAUCAUGUGCGGCCGCAGGUGCAGGCCUGCGACCUCGAAAGGAAAGGGGGCCCUCGGAACCCGGGCCCCCCGAGAGACCGCAAGCCAGACAGCCGCAGACGGCGUUGCCCCCCCGGCCGCGGCGGGGGAGGUGGAGGUUGUGAUGUCUGAUGUGAUCCAUGGAUUACUCAGACAUCACAGCUUCCUCCAAGCCAAUCUCAACCACUGCGCCAGGGCUCAGGACUUGUUGACCCAGUCCAUGGCGCAGUGGAUGAUCGAUGUGGCCGUCGUCUGCGAACCGUACUGGGUUCCCCCCCAACCGAACUGGUUGGGGGAUCUCGACGGCACGGUGGCGGUCGCACUAGGCAGUUCCGCUACCCGCCCCCUCGCACUCGUGGAGCGCGGCUCGGGAUACGUCGUGGUGACGUGGGGAGAGUAUGCGGUCAUCGGCCUCUACUUUUCCCCCAACCGCAGCCUGGCGGACUUCGAGGUCUUCCUCGACACCGUCAGAGCUGCGGUAUGCCGACAAUCGCCGAGAGCCGUGAUAGUUCUCGGCGACUUCAACGCCAAGUCCCGAGCCUGGGGCAACCCGAACACGGAUGCGAGGGGGCGGGCCGUCGAGGAUUGGGCCCUCCUCUCUGGUCUGUCACUCCUGAACGUUGGAAACGUUCAGACGUGCGUGCGAUUGCGCGGGGGUUCCGUGGUGGACCUCUCGUUCGCCAGCCCCGCAAUCGCGCGGAGAGUGACAGACUGGAGAGUGGAGGAGGGGGUGGAGACUCUCUCGGACCACAACUAUAUCAGGUUCGGAGUCUCCACCCCGUCCUCGUCAGCAGAUCGGUCGAGGGGCCCGAGCAGGCUACCCCGCUGGGCCCUAAGCAGGCUCGACGUCGAGGCGGCGCGCGAGGCCGCAAUCGUCCAGCGGUGGGCGAACCACCGCGACGCCGAUGGUGCCAGCGUGGAUGAGCUGGCUUGCCGCUUUCGUAGGUCGUUGGCCAACGUCUGCGAUGCGGCCAUGCCGAAGGUCGGCCGCCGCCCGCUAGGACGGCGGGCGGUGUACUGGUGGUCGCCCGAAAUAGCGGAGCUCCGUGCGGCCAGCAUGACCGCCCGCCGGGCGUAUCAACGCUGUCGGAGGCGCAGCGCCAGGGAUCCGGCUCUGGAGGCGGAGCUGCGGGAUGCAUACCGCACGGCAAAGCAGGCCCUGCAGCACGCCAUCAGCCGAGGGAAGGACGCCGCCUGGAAGGAGCUGCUGGCGGGUCUAAACCGAGAUCCAUGGGGCCGUCCCUAUCGCGCUGCGCGAAGCAAGCUUCGCGCGCAGGGCGCCCCCGUGACGGAAACGAUGCCGCCGGAUCUCCUCUGGCGGACGGUGUCGGAACUGUUUCCGCACCGUCCCGUACAUGUUCCCCCGACGAUGGCGACGCCGUCGCCGUCUUCUCGGACCGAGUUCGACCCGCCCUCCCCACCCGGCAUCUCGGAGGGGGAGAUGGAUACGGCCCUCGAGCGUCUCAGGGCCAAGAAGACGGCGCCGGGGCCGGAUGGUGUUCCGGGGCGAGUAUUGUAUAUCGCCCUGGAACACCUGAGAGGAGAACUUCGGGGACUGUUCGACAAGUGUCUAGCUUCCGGGCAGUUCCCGAAGCCGUGGAAGACGGGCCGGUUGUGCCUGAUACGUAAGGAGGGCCGACCUGUCGACUCUCCCUCCGCGUACAGGCCGAUCGUGCUGCUGGACGAGACGGCCAAACUCUUCGAGAAGAUUCUCGCGGACCGUCUCGUCCGGCACCUCGACGAGUCGGGGCCGGGUCUGUCGAACGCUCAGUACGGGUUCAGGGCGGGCCGCUCCACCCUGGACGCUCUGAACGCCCUUAGGUCCCUCUCCGCGGAGGUGGUGGCCAGCGGAGACGUUCUCCUGGCCAUCUCGCUGGACGUGUCGAACGCCUUCAACAGCAUUCCUGUUGAGACGAUUGUGGAGGCACUGAAGUAUCAGGACGUGCCUCCAUAUCUCCAGAGUCUGCUGGAGGCGUACCUCCGCGAGAGAGAGGUCCUAUGGGAGGGGGGCGACGGCCGACUGUAUCGCCGUCGCGUCGAGUGCGGCGUUCCGCAGGGCUCCGUCCUCGGACCGACCCUGUGGAACGUCGGCUUCGACUGGCUGCUGCGGACGCCACUGCCGCCCGGGCUCAGUGUCAUCUGCUACGCGGACGACACUCUGCUGACGGCCCGGGGCGGCAGCUUCGAAGAGGCGGCCGGUCUGGCGCGAACCGGCGCGACGAUAGCGGUCGGCCGCAUCGAGGCACUGGGCCUGAGGGUCUCCUUGUCGAAGACGGAGGCCCUCCUCUUCCACGGCCCACGAAGAGGCCCCCCCCGAGGUGCGCGUGUGGUCGUACAGGGGGUGGAGAUCGCCGUCAAGGCCCAGAUGAAAUAUCUCGGCCUAACCCUGGACGGCCGGUGGAGCUUCGGUCCGCACUUUAGAGAGCUCGCUCCGAGGCUCGAGAAAGCCGCCGCCGCGCUGGGCAGACUUCUGCCCAACGUAGGCGGCCCGGACUCGCCAUGCCGACGUCUAUACGUCGGCAUAGUUCGCAGCAUGGCACUGUACGGUGCCCCCGUGUUCGCCGACGCUCUCGCGUCUCGCGACAACAAGGCUCUCCUGCGGAGACCCCAGAGGGCCAUAGCGGUGAGAGCGAUACGGGGAUACCGUACGGUGUCGUGGACGGCGGCCACGCUCCUCGCGGGCGAUCCGCCCUGGGAACUCCAGGCGGAGAUGCUCGCGAGAGUGUACGCGGCAAAGUCGAGCCUCAGAGCUGGAGAAGGGCAGGUCCGUAGUACGGACCGAGCGAUGGACAUCAGGGCUCAAGCUAAGAGGGCCCUGAUGAUCAAGUGGGAGGAGAGCCUGGGGUCUCCGGCGGCGGGCACGGUGACGGUGGACGCGAUACGUCCACACUUAAGUCGCUGGGUCCAAAGGCGGCACGGGGUUCUGACCUUCCGCCUGACGCAGGUGCUUACCGGGCAUGGUUGCUUUGGUAAGUACCUGCACCAGAUCGCGAGGAGGGAAGCCACCCCUGCCUGUCACGAGUGCGGUGCUCCGAUUGACACGGCGCGCCACACGCUAGAAGAGUGCGCCGCCUGGGACCCUCAGCGGAGGGCCCUCGUGGCGGUCAUCGGCGGAGACCUCGCGCUGUCGAGCGUGGUCCGCUCCAUGCUCGGCAGCGCGAGCCUGAGCGCCAGGCAGAGGGCGGUCGGGUUUUCGGCCAACCUCUGCCCGGGUUGGUGCGCGCGGUGCCACCGCGUGCCACCCACUAGGAACGGGAUGGGCCCGCAAGGGCAACGCCGCCGGAGUUUGCAGAAGAAUUUUCUUGAUUCCUGCGACUUCGGCAAUGGCGAGGGAGUGGCGCCGCUGGUUUUUACUGAGUAG